AUGAGAGAUUCGCUCUUCGACCGCCUCUGGCGCCGAGAAUGCGGGGGCUUAUCUGCCCGUGCCGGACUCCGGGACAUUUACGGUUCCAAGGAGUGGGUCAGCGAUCUUGACAUUGUGAACGAGCUUGGUGGACAUACAGGCUGCGUGAACGCCCUCAGUUGGUCCCGUUCAGGACGUCUCCUGGCCUCGGGCUCGGAUGAUCAACAUUUGAACAUCUAUUCUUACCAACCUGAAUCCUCCGAUGCUCCAUUUGCCUUGAACACCACCGUGCAUACAGGCCAUAAGGCCAACAUCUUCUCGGUCAAGUUCAUGCCCCAUUCGAACGACCGAACCUUAGUCACUUGUGCCGGUGAUUCGCAGGUGCGUGUUUUCGACAUCGAAUACUCCAGCAGCAGUGGCAACGUCGCUGCCACUUCCGCUUUCGCAGCCUCGGCGAGGAGCCGUCGUUUCAACAGCUUCUUUGAUGGAGCCCGUUAUUUGAGCGAAGGGAACACAAAUGCGAGGGUCUACCGGAGUCAUGCCGACCGUGUGAAGCGAAUUGUCGUCGAGUCCUCCCCGUACCUAUUUCUAACCUGUUCAGAAGAUGGUGAGGUUCGACAGUGGGACUUGCGCCAGCCGACUUCCGCGUAUCCCCCGCCCAAUGGUGGCCAGGGCUUCAUGGCCUACAGGCCUGGCCUGGAUCACGAUGACUCGAACGUUCCCCCGCCCCUUAUCUCCUACAAGAAGUUUAGCCUGGAUCUAAACACAAUUUCGUGCUCUCCGUCCCAGCCACACUACAUUGCCCUUGGCGGUGCACACGUGCAUUGCUUCCUCCAUGAUCGACGUAUGCUUGGCCGCGACAUGGUAGCGGAAAGAGGAACCCCUAACCGGUCAACUCCGAGCGUUGGGUCUCACGAUGAUGAAAUCAUGGGAAAGGCGACUCGAUGUGUUCGACGGUUCGCCCCUCGUGGCAAGCAUCACAUGAGAGACCUCGACGAGGGACACAUCACCGCUUGUAAAAUAAGUGACGCAAAUCCCGACGAAAUGGUUGUCAGUUGGUCUGGCGACCACAUCUACAGUUUUGAUCUCAUUCAGAGCCCAGAUGCUCGAGACAACUCGCCUAACGAGAAUUCCUUAUCCAAAAGUGCAAAGAAGCAUUCCAAGGCAGCAUCGCAUGACCGGAAACGUAAGCGCCCAAAGCCUAUAUCGAUGUCCUCCCAAGAAAGUGGCGACCGGCAUCAUUCUCGACGCCGAUCCGCUGAUCCCAAUACCCUCAGAGUCCGGUAUGAGAAUGGCGAGUCUUCCGAUAUUCCCAUCCCGGGAGUUUUAGACGAGGAGUCCCCGGAAAACAUGCUGGAACGAGCAAGAUACUCUGUCUUGAACGAGGCGCAACGGUUAAGCAGGGACAUUUCCAAAGGCCUGGUGAAGCUCCGACAGGCUAUGUUCUCACUGGAAGAAACUAUUCGUGAGGCAGCGGGCGGGGAUUCAAAUGAAACCGCGCUUUAUGCCGAGUCUUUUGCAUCGGCAUUGGCGAUGGCAUCCGAUAUCCUUCCCAAAAUGGAAUCUAUCAUUCGGGAGUGGAAGUAUCCCAUGAACCCAUCUCAUGAUACCGUGAUUCUCCAGCAAACGCUUCGUCGCCACCGCCAAGAAUCAUGGAGAUUCAUUCAAGCCGCUGGUACACUCGCACGUGUAUUGAAGGACCCAUCGAACGGAGAAGCGGACGAUGUGGAUACAUAUCGGGAUUUCCAGAGGAUUAUGCCCGCGCCCAGUGAAGAUGAAUCUAUUGAUCGAGAAUCCCAGUUUGGCUACGACUUUCUGAAGGCCAUAUUGCUUUGGCUGCAGGGCGGUCGACAAGAGCUGUUGGCGGGAUUCAAACGUGGAUCAUGCCAUCGCAGACAAAACGCAAGGUUCCCGAUUUUGGAAGACGAAGUCGAUGAUGCGAUUGAAAGAGUCCUCAUCCCGUAUCUUCAUGCUUUUUCUGGAGACACACCUAUUGUCAAUGUCGAUGCCUCGCCAUAUGAGCACGAUAGAACCCGCAUAUUAUUCCAAACCCAGCGGGCAGCAGUCGUUGCCUUUGGAAAUGCCGUCAAGCUACCACUUGAGAAUCUUGGAACAACUGCUGCUCGCAUUGACAAACGUCGUGUAUCCAAUCCUUCGUCGCAGGUCCGGUCUUUGGACCGGGCGUCUGCCUUCAGAUUCUGGAUCCUGAGGGUUGGAAGGGGUCUCUUAAUGACAACUGGAAAAUGUGUCAACUAUGCCUUUGUCAACCGCGCCUUCGGUGGGCUACAGCCCGAGCUGGACGAAUCAGACAGUGAUCUUGAGCUGGAACGCUUUCUCGAAGAAUCCCAAGAAGAUAUUGAUCUCGAUGAGCCAGAAGAGUUGAUCCGAUCCAUCAACCUUGUGAGGAAUGCCCGGCCGAACCGUUCUAGCAGAAACGAGAUGCUCCCAGGCGGUGAUGAGCAAGACGACUCUGGGGAAGCCCUCUCCUCAUCGGAAUACUCUGGGCAGAGUAUCAGCAGUGAUAAUAUUUCAGAUGACAGUGACCAGGAUGAGAUCGACCAAGCAGGUCCAGAUGAAUUAGAGUUUGGGUUCGAUGAUGACAGCGAACAAGAUUCCGAGGCUGAAAUUCCUGUUUCACUACGUUCUGGGGCCCGUAAGGGACGUCGAGGAGAUGUUGAGCUGGACACCCCCUGCUCAUCUCACACGAAGGUUUAUCGGGGACACUGCAAUAUUAAAACUGUCAAGGACGUGAACUUCUUUGGGCUGAAUGAUGAAUAUGUAGUAAGUGGCAGCGACUCGGGCCAUGUGUUCAUGUGGGAUCGCAAGACUGCGAACUUGGUGAAUAUACUCGAAGGAGACAGUGAGGUCGUCAAUGUCGUGCAAGGUCACCCAUAUGAGCCAACUAUGGCCGUCUCCGGCAUUGACAGUACUAUCAAGAUCUUCAACCCAGACCGAAAUGCCCAAGAGCAAGCCAGACAAGGCAUCAAUAUUCUCGACCCAGAUAACCCGGCGAAUGCACUUGGCUCGAAUGUUCACAAUGUCGGUGGACUUUCCAGUCGCAAGCGCCUUGAGGAUAGUUACCGUAUCAUAAGCCAGAAUGAUGUUGAUCGUCGAGGUGGUAUGAGCGAAGCCUAUAUAACUAGAAGCAUGCUUACCCGACUUGCUGCCACCCUUCGAGGCCGCCAAACUUUAGAAGGGGGUAUCGAGGGUGUAGGUGGAGGCGAAGGGGCCACCGUUGUCCUGGACGAAAACUGUUUGGUAGGUUUCCGCUUCUUCCGAAAUAUGGCUGUAAAGCAUGCUCAUAUUAGACAGGUGAUGUGA